GUAUUUUCUUUUACAGACUCUCUAGAAAGCAUAACAGUAAUGGAGUACAUGAGCACUGGAAGUGACAAUAAAGAAGAAAUCGAUUUAUUAAUUCAAAAAUUUUAUGUGUCCAAUGUAAUAGACAUUAUGGAGAACCUUUACACAAGUGAAGAGCCGAGUCUAAUGACUAUGUGUCAAGACAGUAAUCAAAACCAGGAGUGCUCGGAGUCUCUGUUACUCAGUGGCCAAGAGGCGCCCUGGUUAUCAUCGGUCAGAUAUGGAACUGUGGAGGAUUUACUCGCUUUUGCAAACCACAUAUCCAAUACCGCUAACCGUUUUUAUCGACAUCGACCACAAGAGUCUGGAAUUUUAUUAAAUAUGGUGAUUACUCCCCAGAAUGGACGCUACCAAAUAGACUCUGAUGUUCUGCUCAUUCCUUGGAAGCUGACUUACAGGAAUAUCGGCUCAGAUUUCAUUCCACGAGGGGCCUUUGGAAAAGUGUACUUAGCACAGGAUAUAAAGACUAAGAAAAGAAUGGCAUGUAAACUGAUCCCAGUCGAUCAAUUUAAACCAUCUGAUGUGGAAAUCCAGGCUUGCUUCCGGCACGAGAACAUCGCUGAGUUGUAUGGUGCUGUUCUAUGGGAUGAAACUGUCCAUCUCUUUAUGGAAGCAGGGGAGGGAGGGUCUGUCCUGGAGAAACUGGAAAGUUGUGGACCAAUGAGAGAAUUUGAAAUUAUUUGGGUGACAAAGCAUGUUCUCAAGGGACUUGAUUUUCUACACUCAAAGAAAGUGAUUCACCAUGAUAUUAAACCCAGCAAUAUUGUUUUCAUGUCCACAAAAGCUGUUUUGGUGGAUUUUGGCUUAAGUGUUCAAAUGACUGAAGAUAUCUAUUUUCCUAAAGACCUCCGAGGCACAGAGAUUUAUAUGAGCCCAGAGGUGAUCUUAUGCAGGGGCCAUUCCACCAAAGCAGAUAUCUACAGCCUGGGGGCCACACUCAUCCACAUGCAGACUGGCACCCCGCCCUGGGUGAAGCGCUACCCUCGCUCAGCCUACCCCUCCUACCUCUACAUAAUCCACAAGCAAGCACCUCCGUUAGAAGAUAUUGCGGAUGACUGCAGUCCCAACAUGAGAGAGCUGAUAGAGGCCGCCCUGCAGAGGAACCCCAACCACCGCCCCAGGGCAGCAGAUCUGCUCAAACAUGAAGCUCUGAACCCCCCCAGAGAGGAGCAACCACGCUGUCAGAGUCUGGACUCUGCCCUCUUUGAGCGGAAGAGGCUGCUGAGUAGGAAGGAGUUGGAACUUCCCGAGAACAUUGCUGAUUCAUCAUGCACAGGAAGCACUGAGGAAUCGGAGAUGCUGAAGAGGCAGCGUUCUCUCUACAUAGACCUUGGAGCCCUGGCUGGCUAUUUCAACCUAGUGCGGGGUCCACCAACCUUAGAAUAUGGCUAACUGGAGGCAUCGUUGCCUCUAAAUUAAGACUCGGUAUAUAUCUCGUGGAAGCUGGUUCUGCUAACUCUGCACAGGAACUCUAUGUAGUGAAUCAUGCCAUUUAUCAGCUGGGGCCCCCUGUGACAAAUGAGUGACUCCACCUGUGUCCUCUAUGGCUGAAUUGUGAAGCUACCCUGGUACCUACCAGACCUAAAAGUUCUCAUUCUUAGGUAGUGUGACUCAAAGGAAAGAGGUUGAGAGUUCAUGGAAGGAUUAUUUCUGGUGAUUGAUUUUAUUCACUAUGCACUUUGCUCAAAAUAUAAAAAAUGCCAAUCACAAGGAUAACAUAUUAGCCUAAAAUUACUAUUCUUGGUUCUGAUUUAAGGAUAGGAACUUUAUUUAUCUCAGAAUAGUCAUUUUCUGUUUUUUGGUGUAUGAUAGCUCUUUGAGCCCUUGUUUGAUAGAUUCUAUAUAAAAUCACUAUAUUUUGGGUGAAUAGAACAACUUGAAUAUUACAGCAAUAAGCUGAACUAGUGUCUUAAAAAUGGCUAACUGAUUAAUUAGGAGUCAUCCAACAGGCAGCCACUAGUGACAGAUUCUGUUAUGUUCCUAUGGAAACAUUUUGUACUGUAUGUGCUAUGCUUAAAACAUUUAAAACAUGACGUUUUGAAUGUAAAUAAAACUGU